UCAAAAAGAUGUUGGUGACACGUCUAAUACACAGAUAUUAGAUCAACAGGUAUUAUUUUAGAAAAUUCGACAAAGCUACUGUGAUUUUUAAAUAUCUAAUUAAUUUCAUUUGGUUAAUUUCAACUUAAUAUACAUUUAGUUCAAUUAAAAAUAACUUCUAUAAUUUUCCCGCUUUCGAAUAUAAAUUAAUAUUAUUAGAAAUUCAUCUUGAAUUAUAUGCUUUCGAUAUUUUCUUUCCUAAGAUCAUCAACAAGUGUCAAUACACUAUUUAAUUUAUCAACGAAAAUAAUUGUUAAUUAUUCAACAAUGGCAUCUAAAUUUGAUUUACCUGAACGUUACAAGGGAAACGAUAAAUCUGUUUGGGUGGAAUAUAUUCAAUUAGCUUUGCAAUAUAAACCAUUGAAUCUUGGUCAAGGUUUUCCUGAUUUUCAUGCUCCUGAAAAUGUCACAAAAGCAUUAGCAGCCGUAACAACAGGAGAAAAUCCCUUAUUAAAUCAGUACACUAGAGGAUUUGGUCAUCCACGUUUGGUUAAUGCGGUUGCGAAAUUGUAUUCAAAAAUUUUAAAUCGUGAUUUGAAUCCAAAUAAUGAAAUUCUCAUCACGUCGGGUGCCUAUGAAGCAUUAUACGCAACAAUUGUGGGACAUACAAAUCCUGGUGACGAAUGGAUAAUUAUUGAACCCUUUUUUGAUUGUUAUGUUCCUAUGGUUAGAACAUCAGGUGGAAUACCACGUUUCAUAGCCCUUCAACCUAAUAAAACAAGUGGAACAAUUAGUUCAUCUGAUUGGGUGUUCGAUAGAAAAGAAAUGGAAAGCCUUUUUAAUGAGAAAACAAAAGGAAUUAUAAUUAAUACACCUCAUAAUCCAGUUGGAAAGGUUUUUACACUUGAUGAAUUGCAAUUUAUUGCUAAUUUAGCAAAAAAAUGGAAUACUCUCGUUGUUUCGGAUGAAGUUUAUGAAUGGAUUGUUUAUGAACCAUAUCAGCAUAUUCGAAUUGCAACUUUACCAGGAAUGUAUGAACGAACAAUAACAAUUGGCUCAGCAGGAAAAACUUUCAGUGUAACUGGAUGGAAAAUUGGAUGGGCUUAUGGUCCAGCGAAUUUACUUCGUAAUUUACAAAUUGUUCAUCAAAAUUCUGUUUAUACUUGCACAACUCCUAUUCAAGAAGCAGUGGCAAUUGGAUUUGAGGAAGAAAUUGCACGAUUUGGUCGCGAUGAUUGUUAUUUUGUGAGUCUUGCAAAGGAAUUAUUACCAAAACGUGAAUAUAUGGCGAAAUUUCUCACUGAAGUUGGAAUGUCACCGACAAUACCGGAGGGUGGUUAUUUUAUGAUUGCCAAUUGGUCGGCAUUAGAAAAUAAAGUUCGACUCAAUGAGGAACAAGAUGCAAAUAGAGAUUAUCGUUUUACUAAAUGGAUGAUUAAAAAUGUCGGUGUUCAAGGUAUUCCACCAUCUGCAUUUUACAGCGAUGAGCACAAACAUUUAGGAGAAGAUUGCGUUCGAUAUUGUUUCAUUAAGAAAGAUGAAAACUUACAGAAAGCAGCCAAUCUUUUAUUAAAAUGGAAAUCUCAACUAUAAAGACGAAUUAAAAAGAAAAAAAAAACUUGUAAUAUAUAUAUAUAUAAAAAAAUAGCAUUUAUGUUUGUAAAAAUUGAUCAAAAGUACAAAUAUUUGUACAUCAUUUUUUUAAAAUAUAAAUAUUCUAUAUUUGUUAUAA